AUGUCACAAGGAACAACAUCUCCAGGGGUUUUCAUGUCCUUCUUCCGAUGGCUCCGGCUAAAGAACUACCAGUAUGAAGUGACAUUCUCACUAUACAUGCUGACUCCCAUAGAGAAAGUAGUUUUCAAUACUAUCCUUAUCCUCUUCAUUUCCAUGCUUAUCACCGCCGCCUACAUUUACCUACCAGACCAUGUCCUUUCUCUAUACCGACAUAUUAACUAUUACUGGGCUGGCCAGCCUGUCGCCGAUCAGAUCGCGUUACAUGCGGCCAACAUGAAGCUCUCUGCUGCUACCGCGAAUGCCGCCGCUGCGACAGCCGAGGCGUUGAAGGAACUAUAA